AUGCCGCCACUCAACGAUGGCCUGCAGCACGAGCGUAUGCUCACGGCUCUCUGUCGCCUAAUCUGCGAUCUCAGAUCCAACCCAGAGAGCCGUUGUCUGGCAAUUGCACGACUGAACGCAAUUUCUCGCCUGGCACGCAUCUGUGCACAAUUCGGGAAAGAUGCUCGUUUCACACAGCUUUGUGACACCCUUCAGAGAGGUUUGCCCGGCCAAAUCGCUCUGCUCAAGAGUGACAUAAACAGUAACGUUAUAGUUGCAGAUGCUCUUGACCGAAUGAUAUUUCGAUCGUCUUUGGUUCCUAGUGCCGUCGCUGCUCUUGACCAAGACAUUGAGAUGUCUGACGAAGAGGCUGACCAGGGUUUCCAUGUAGAUGCUAGUGACGAGGAAAGUAACAUUGAUUCUAGCGACGACAACUAUAUAGCACGAUUGCUUCUUGGUUCGACAUGGGCGAAGCCGAUAGUUGAUUUUGACGAGGAGCCAUAUGGGGAAGUUGAGGUAGUUAGUGAACAGGAAAGUGAGAUUGAUUCUAGCGAUGAUAACUACAUCGCACGCCUCGUCCUUGGUCCCAGCUGGGCUACUCCGUUAGCUGAUUUUCCCGACGAGCCAUAUGGGAGAAAGAACACGUUGGGUGAGUGA